AUGGCGAUCACGAACCUGACCGGCAUCGAGGACACACUCGCACUCAUCCUCGAGUGCGCAGGUGAUCUCGCCCGUAUCGAAUCAACACUACUUCCAGCUCUCCGCAAGCUCUGCGACCACGCUCCUUCCAACGGCGAGUCGUCCUCACGCAGCGGCCCCAGUUCGAGCCGAUCACAAGCUCCUGCUGUCUCGGAUGCGGUACUCUGUCAGCCUGUCCAAGGCAAUGUCGACCCGCUCUCCGUCCUCGACCCGGCCGUGCACUCGAUCGGCAUGCUCUACAUCCUCGUCGCUCGAGCAACGCACUCUGCAGGCUCGGUCGAGAACGGUACGCUACUCCUUCCUCACAUCACAGCUUUCGUUCAGCGUUUCAGCCCGCCUCAGGUCCACCUCGCGGGAGACAAAGUCGCGCAGCUGGCGGCAACCUUCUCGGCGCUCGGCGACCAAGUCACAAAUCCAGAAUCAGCGUUGCAGCUCCUGCAAGCGUUGGCGUCGAGAUUCUUGACCAGGUCAGAGAGCAUAACAGCACUGCAUCCGAUGCUAGCAUAUCAGUACCUCAAGACGGCUCGCUACGCAGAGGCGGCUACCAUGCUCAUCGAUCUGCCGCUCAUCGAUGCGGAUACUUCCAUCACGCCGCUAGUCCAUUCGGAUAUCUUGCAGUACUUCUACUACGCGGCACUCAUCUAUAUCAAGCUCGACAGGCUGCACGAUGCCAUUGAUGCUCUCGAGACCUGCAUCUCGAGCCCGGCCGUAGCUGUCAGCGCCAUCCACAUGGACGCAUACAAAAAGCUCGUCCUCGUACAGCUCCUUGCAGACGGCAAAGUCUCCCCUGUGCCGCAGUACACUCCGCAGGUCAUCACAAGGGCCUGGAAGCAGAUGGGAUCACCAGGGCAAACCCCAUACAACACAUUUGCUUCCGCGUACGCCCGGGGAGACGACAAGGGGCUCGAUGCCGCACGUCGCAUCGCUGAGGAGCGGAAGGACGUCUUCGAGAAGGAUAGGAACAUGGGUCUCGUCAGACGAUGCUUGGCGUUGCUCACACAGAGGAGGGUCCAGAAGCUGGGCGAGGUAUACAGUGCUCUGUCGCUCAAUCAGAUCGCGCAAAAGAUCGGGGCACAGGGAGACGAUGUGGUUCAGGGCGUGUAUGCUGAUGUGCAGGAUAUCGUCCGCAAAGGGUGGAUCUACGCCACACUUUCCCCUCCCCGCGGUGCUUCGGGCGCUGUUAACGGCGACUGGGUGGUCCACUUUGACUCGUUCGGUGGCGACAGCUUUACCUCGACCUCAUCCAUUUCGCUGCUCGAAGACAAGAUCCGGACCGCCAAACAGUGGCAGGCGCUGUUGCAGGAGAGGGACAGGCAGAUCCAAAAGAGCCCUGCUUAUCUGACCAGGGGUCUCAAGAUCCGGGAUGCGAGGACGGCAGGCGCAGACGCAUAUGCGGAAGGGGACGAGUUCCACGCGUUUGAUGAUGCUGACUACUGA